CUGCGCGCGGGGAAGCGGUUUGGGCUGCCGAGCUAGAGACGCCCACGAUGACCGCUGAGGCUGGGGGGAGGAGGGGGAGAAGACGACCACUUCACUCUCCGUUGUGAGGUGUCCGUGGUGCGAGGGGUCGGCAGGGCAAGAGUGUUUAAAAGGGAUCGCAGUAGUAUCCUCCAGCGAACGCCAUGGGCAAGGAGAAAAUCCACAUCAACAUUGUCGUGAUUGGUCACGUAGAUUCUGGGAAAUCUACCACCACCGGGCACCUGAUCUACCAAUGUGGCGGCAUCGACAAGAGAACCAUCGAAAAGUUUGAGAGGGAAGCAGGCGAGAUGGGCAAAGGUUCUUUCAAGUAUGCCUGGGUAUUGGACAAGUUGAAGGCUGAACGUGAACGUGGCAUUACCAUUGACAUUUCUCUCUGGAAAUUUGAAACCAGCAAGUAUUAUAUCACCAUCAUUGAUGCCCCUGGGCAUCGAGACUUCAUUAAGAACAUGAUUACAGGUACUUCACAGGCUGACUGUGCUGUACUGGUUGUUGCUGCUGGAGUAGGUGAGUUUGAGGCUGGCAUAUCCAAGAAUGGCCAGACACGGGAGCAUGCCCUGCUGGCAUACACUCUGGGUGUGAAGCAGCUCGUUGUUGGAAUAAAUAAGAUGGAUUCUACUGAACCACCAUACAGUCAAAAGAGAUUUGAUGAGAUUGUCAAGGAAGUCAGUACCUACGUCAAGAAAAUUGGUUACAACCCAGAUACUGUGGCAUUCGUACCAAUCUCUGGCUGGCAUGGUGACAACAUGUUGGAAGUUAGUACUAAAAUGGCAUGGUUCAAAGGCUGGAAGAUCACCCGUAAGGAGGGUAGUGCUAGUGGUGUUACUCUCCUGGAAGCUCUGGAUUCUAUUCUGCCACCUCAACGACCAACAGAGAAACCCCUUCGUCUCCCACUUCAAGAUGUCUACAAGAUUGGCGGUAUUGGUACUGUACCAGUGGGUCGUGUUGAAACUGGUCUUUUGAAGCCUGGAAUGGUAGUUACUUUUGCACCUGUUAAUGUCACAACAGAGGUGAAGUCUGUUGAAAUGCAUCACGAAGCCCUAUCUGAAGCUUUGCCUGGUGACAAUGUUGGCUUCAAUGUUAAAAAUGUCUCUGUAAAAGAUGUUCGUCGUGGCAAUGUCACUGGGGACAGCAAGAAUGAUCCACCAAUGGAAGCUGAAAAGUUCAUUUCGCAAGUAAUCAUCUUAAACCACCCAGGGCAAAUCUCUACUGGCUAUUCUCCUGUUUUGGAUUGCCAUACUGCUCACAUUGCCUGCAAGUUUGCUGAGUUGAAGGAGAAGAUUGACCGUAGAUCUGGGAAAAAAAUAGAAGAUAACCCCAAGUACCUGAAGUCUGGGGAUGCUGCCAUUGUUGAAAUGACUCCAAGCAAGCCCCUGUGUGUUGAGAGCUUCUCUGAAUAUCCACCCCUUGGCCGUUUUGCUGUCCGUGACAUGAGGCAAACUGUGGCUGUUGGUGUCAUCAAGAGUGUAGAGAAGAAGGUUACUAGUGUUGGCAAGGUCACCAAAUCUGCCCAGAAGGCUCAGAAAGGCAGAUGAAUGUUACAACAGUCAGCUGUCACUUCAGUCUCCUCAACUGGAGGCCCAGUUUUAGACCAGAUAAUCACAGUUUACCAUUUAAGCUCCAUAAUAAAAGACUGGUUAGAAAUCAAAAUGCAUCGUAAAUACUUCAGAAGGAAAGGAUUGUGGACCACAUUAAUCCCAUGUAGCAGUUUGUUAGUUUUAAAAGUGUACUUUAAAAGAGCAACCAAUGCCUUGACCAGCAAUUUGAAAAAUGAAAUUAAAAUUGUUAACCUAAGCAGAAUUCAUGGAAUUUUCCAAGAAUUUUUUUUCCAGGCUUUAUUUUUGAAGUUUAAAAGUAAGUAAUUUGAAUCUAGAAUUGUGCAGAAAGUUUGGUCAGGUGCAUUAGUCUGCCUUUGAUUCAUUCCAUAUUUUUGACAUCUAUUUUUAAAAAGAAAAUCUAGAUAUCAAAGUUUGUUAACAAAGCAUUAAUCAUAAAAUUUUGGAUAUUAUUGCUAAAAAUGUUUCAGCUAUUAAAUUUCAUGGAAAAUGAAUGCAUUUUUUGUGGGAUAAACAGCUUUUUUUUUUUACUAAGUAUAUUGAUUUAACCUUGCCAAAUUGGCUGAUUUCUUCAUUUUCAUAAUUAGAUGGUGGUUGAAAAAGUGGAUGAUGCACAGUUAGUGAAAUGACUAGUACUGGAUCCAAGUACUAAAGCUGCCCAAUAAGUCGGUUUAAAAUCUAAUCCUGAAUCUCCCUAUAGUUGUUUAAUCAUUCCUUCCCUGUGCAAUAAUAUGAGCCCUAGCUAUUGCAUUUAUUAGCUGAAUUGGUUAUAUGAAACUUGCAUUGUUCACCCACCAACUGGAAUUGUAUAAAAUGUUGAAAUGCUUUCCUAAUUUGAAAACAAGGGAAUGAAUUUACUGAAUCUGGUGCACUCCUUACCAACACUGCAUAGUUGACUUGCCACCUUAAGACAAAUAGGUUGUAUAAGGAAUACAGACUCGACCCAUUGUAUGAACAUUUGUUUAGUUUUAGCUAAAACUGUGCUUUAUAGUUGAUAUUUGUUACUGCAGUGUCAGUAUGAUCUGUGAUUGACUGUUAGAACCUGUUUCCCUUUCUCUGCUGCCUGUCAUGCACAUUGUGUUGUGCCUGUUUGUGCAAAAGUUGAAAAGUAAGGUUCAAUGUUUAAUUCUGUUUAUCAUUAAAAAUCAAAAUGAUAUUCAACAGUCA